AUGUCAGCUCGGCCAUCUCAGGUACAAGAGAGAACAUUCCUAUUUUUUCAAAGAAAUGUCAUCAAACGAAUUUUUUUCGGAACAUUUUUUUGUGACUUUUAUCAUUACCACGUUGUUUGUAUUUCUGGAACUCCUUAUACCCUUUUAUUGGCUCUUCCAAAAGAUGACGUUCAAAGAUUGCGGAGAACAAUUCCUUUAAAUUUGUCUUUGUUUCAAUUGAAUUGGUUAAAAGGGAAUGAUUGGCGGUUACAAAAAGAUUGGAAAUAUUGUUUACUUAAUGAUAGUGAUUGGGCUAUUAGUGAAGAAGAUGCCUUUACUGAAUAUAUUAAACAAAUGCAAGAAAAAUUAUGCAAACCUCGUCAAAAAUUAGUUGAAAGGGCCUUGCUGGAUUUACAAGCAUCUACUGGAUUUUCUCAACUUUGGAAUAGGGAAUGGGAAAGGAAUAAAAAGAAUGGAAUUCAUUUGGCUUUCUUUGUGGGUACUUCAGGUGUUGUUCGCUUUAAAAAUGAAAGUUUGGAUCGUUUUCUUUAUGAUUUUGUGGAAAAUGACAAUCCGGAAAAUUCAGUACCCUCACUUUACCGUCACUUUUUGCUUGAUUUAAAUCCAAAUGCUGCAGAAUCUGAUUUUUUCCGAAGAGCAACAAGGCAACCUGAAGGACAAAUAAUAUUUGAUUUGAAUAGAAAAACUCGUCUUAGGCAUAAUAAAAAUGGAAGAAAAACAGCUUAUGGUCAUGCUGAAAAAGAUGCUAUAUUAGCUUUGGCAUAUAAAGCAAUUAAAGUAGAUGGGGCAUUAGCUGGAGUUGUUGGAAUUGAGUUUUUAUAUGAUUCUUUACUCUCUCAAAUGAGACAUAUUGGAUGUUUAUCAGAUAAUAAAAAGGGCGAAGAAGAAGAAGAAAAUUCUCGUUGUUAUUUAUUAGACGAAAAUGGUUUUGUUAUUUUCUCAAGUUCAAAAAACACGAAAUAUUCUAAUUUUGUUGAAACAAAUAUUUUAAUACCAGAAAAAUUGAAAAUGAUGGGGGCAAAUAAUUUAAAUAUAAAUUUUAAUAAUCAAAAAAGAAGACAAAAAGGAGGAGGCAAUUCUUCAUUAUUUGGUCAAAGAGGAAUUUGGGCACAACAAAAAAUAUUAAAACAACAAAAAUUGGAAAUUGAACAAAAUUUGGAAUUGGGAAAAUUUUUUGGACAAUUAAAUAGAGUUGCUGAAUGGACAAUGGAAUUGUUGAUACGUAGAGGGUUUUAUAAAAGGGAUUAUUUUACCGAUGCUCAAGCAAUUUGUGAUCCCCCUAAUGAUGACUUUCAAUCACAACAAUAUUCAAUUAAUAAUCCAACAAUAACACCUUCCACCACAACAAAUACUAUAAGUAUUACUUCUGCUGCUUCAACUAGUCAUUCUUUCAAAAUAUUUCCAACAUUUUUAUCAUUUUCAACUUCAUUAAUUCAAUUUAUUAAACAAUUUGUUUCAAUUAUUGCAAUUUUGCUCAUUCCAAAUGAAUUGCUAUCAGCUUCUUUUAUUCCAAUUAAUACCUUCUCUAGUCUUUUAAAAAUAACUGAUGGACGUUUCCAAUGUAGAAUGCAUUCAUCUUUUUAUUUGGGGCAGACAAAUGUUAGUAGUGAUGGGGUAAAUGGUGCUUUGUUGGAAAGUGAUUCUUAUGGUUAUUUUUUGUUUUUUUUUAUGAAUAUUUGUAGUGAAUUUGACUGUAAGAUACCUUUUAGAAUUAAGAUGCUCUUUACAAUUAUUUUAACAUAAAAAUAGCGAUGACAUUUGGUCCCUUUAUUUUUUCUGAAUUUAAAUUCCAACAGAAUCCGCUCCCCUUUCUCUCCC